AUAGCAAUAAUAUUAAAAAUAAUGUGUCACGGUCCUAAGAUUGUACUAUUAUUGAUCUUUGAUUUCAUCAUAAUUUUUCACUGGUAGUCUCUUGGUUUUGGUUUUCAGUAUUCCUAGCUCCCUAGUUCCUUAGUAUUUCAUGAUUUCUAGUCUUUAGGUUUUGUUUAUGUGCCUUCCAUGUGUUCUGUGUUAUGUCUACUCUGUGCCUUCCUGCCCCACAUUUCAGGUCUCUGUUCUCUGUGUCUUCUUCAUCCUUGCCUCCGGGUUCGUGUGUUUCCUGUUUUACUUUGAAAGUCUGUGUCCUAUGUCAAUGUUUUCUGUUUUGCUUCCUCCCUGUUUCCUCACGUCUGAUUAGGUUCAGCUGAGUCUCCCUCCUGUUGUGCAUUCCCCUCGUUACCUUGUGUGUAUAUUUACCUGUUCUUCGUCAGACUGUCUGUGUCUCAUCAUUCUGUUCAUCUUCCCCAGUUUCUUGCUAGCUAUGGUUCUAGGUUCCCAGUUAAGGUUUUUGUUAGUUUUGUAGCGUUACAUUCAGCCACAAAUAAAGGCUCGCUUUCAGUUAAACAUCUUCAUCUCCAUUCUCUGGGUUUGGGUCCACUCCUCAUUCUCACCACACAAUUUGCCUUUGCAAACUCUGACAGUACGCUCUGACCAAAUAAUGGACCCAGCAGACUUCGAACUGCAUGAGCGGCAGCAGGCAGUUCUCGCCCAGCUGGAAGACGAGAUCAGGUGGAAACCAUGGCUCACCCCUGACUACGAAAGCAUAUUUCGAGGGACUCGUUUAGCUCUGGGGGGUCUCUCUGGGGGGCCAUUCUGCACGCUGGAGGCCAAGUUGCCUGGAUCACCGGCUUCCUCUUCCCGGAGGAGGCGGCGCUCACGCCGCCGUCGCUCUGCCCCGGCUGAGCAACCUUCAGUCGUGAGUAAAAGUGACUCCUUUUCUUACGCGCCUCCAGAACCCACAAACAUAAACUAUAAACUUACCCCAGAAAGCUUUGGGAUUUCUUUUUUGGAUGAGGAGUUGGACUUGGAGGAUUCUUUUUGUUCUGCUCCUCCUGAGGAGGUAAAAGACAAUCAUUUCUCAAGGACUGUUAACGCUGUUAAAUCAAAAACUGUAAGCCAUGUUACCAAGUCAGGUGCACCUGUAUCAGUUUCCCGGGUGAGGGGGGCCAGGGCCCGGUUGGUCCCUGCGCCGGAUUCAAGGCCGGGUGAAGCUCUGCUAGUCUCUGCAUCUGUACCAGCUCCUUGGGUGGGGACAGCAGCUGCCCAGCCGUUGCCGGUACCUACUCCGGCUCCCAGGGUGAGGGUGGCCAUGAACCAGCAACCUCCUACGCCCAUACCUAUCCCUCAGGUGGGAGUGACUGGUGUCCGGUCUGCCCCGGCGCCCAUGCCAGUUCCCAGGGCGAGGCUAGCCAGGACACAGCCCAACUCUGCACCGGUACCUACUCCUCAAGUGGGAGCGGCUAGUGUGCGGCAGGUGCCUGCACCCGUUCCUGUCUCCGUUGGAGGCUUAGGUGAGCCCGUCCAGCCGUUUCCCUCGUUUUUUGGAGGCUUAGGAGAACUAGUACAGCCACCUGCUAAUCCACCAUUACAACAACAUCAACUUCUGUCACUAGCUUACUCGCUAGCUCAAUUAUUAGCUCAGUUAUUAGCUCAGUUAUCUGCUCAGCCACCGGUUCAGCCAGGGGUUUCCACACCUGCUGGCCCUGCUUCAUCUCAGCCAGAGGUCUCCGUACCUGCAGGCUCUGCAUCUGCUCCCGCUGGAGGCUCUGGAGAGCCGUGCCAGCCGUCUGUUCCCGCUGGGGGCUCUGGAGAGUCCAUCCAGCUGUCCACAGCCUGCUCGUCCACGUCCAACACCACACUGUCACCAGCCACUUUCCAGGCCGUCGGCUGAGCAUCUUUGCCAUCAUUGGUGGCCUCCUGAACUGUGUUGCUAAAGCCGCUUCCCACAUGGUCAGCGUCUGGACUUGCUUCACUGGUGCCGCCGCCGCUUUCUUCAUGGCCGGCACCCUGGACUGUCUCGUUGCUGCUGCUGGCUCCGCGAUCGGCCUCCAGAACUGCGCCACGGUCAGCCUCCUGAACUUUUUAGGCCUGGGCUCCUGUGCUUUCAUCCUCCAGGCUGGCCCUCUGAACUGUGUGGGAACUGUUUCUGGAGUUCCAGUGCUUGUUGUGGAUAUUCUGUUUUGGACUAUUCCAUGAGCUCUAGUGCUUUUUGUUAACUUUUUGUUUUGGACCCCCACCAUCCGCCCUGGUUGGGUUGUUUUUGUUUUGCUCUUCUGGUUUGGGCUGUCUGGAGCCAGCCCUUGAGGUUCAGCAUCUGUGUAUCAUCCCCGGUGUCAUUAUUCUGUUCAUCUUCCCCAGUGUCGCUCCAGCCAUGUUUCCAGGUGUCAGGUUGUUUAGUUCCAGUUUCAUGUUUAGCUGUCCCCGGUUUAGGUUUUUGUUGUUUUGUAGUGUUCAUUCAGCCACGAAUAAAGGCUCGCUUUCAGUUAAACAUCUUCAUCUCUAUUGUCUGCAUUUGGGUCCAUUCCCAGAAUUCCGCAUGAUUCACCUUUGCAAACUGUGACAUAAUGAUUAAUAAUAACCUUACUAUAAUGAUUGCAGCAUAAAUGUCUGUAUCUGCCCUUUUCUUCCUUAAGUGUUGUGCCAAAAACUUGCUCCAGGAAUUUAAACUGUUGAAGUGACUUGUUGAUCCAUAAUCUGUCCAAAAUUUGUCAAACAAAAAUGUGUUGUGAUUGAAAUAAAGUCAUUCUGAAUCAUAAUAAAAACAUCCCAAUGAGGAGGUAGAAGCUG